AUGAAGUACUCAAUGCUUCUCGUCUCGCUGGCACCGACACUGAUGGCCGCACCACUCACUCGCGAUACCUUCGAGUGGACACCGACGUUAGCUGGCUACUUCGACGUUGUCUUCCAAUACAUGCAGCAGGCUAAGUCGCCUGGUCAACCAUCGCCAACUUGUGAUCUGUCAAACGCUGCCAUGCCGAUCGCACCCACGCCGCUGCCCAGUCCCGCUGGACUGGUCCUUGAGCAUGUUGCUGUAGGCAGAGGUGUUCAGAAUUAUACAUGCGCCAAUGCCACAGCCACUCCUGCAGCAGUCGGGGCAGUCGCGAGAUUCUACAAUGCCUCGUGUGUAGCGGCGAACUACCCAGAUCUCCUUCCCCUCAUCCCUAACUUGGCGUUACAAUAUCCUCUGCCCGCUGAUCCCUCAGCUCCUCUUGCGCCCUCGGAACUUCAACUUUCAUCCCACCACUUCUUUUCCAACGCUACGACGCCAGUCUUUGCUUUUGACACACCCGAGUCCCCCGACUUUGGCACCAUCUUUGCACAGAAGGUGCACUCUUCCGACGCACCGGCCAAUGCAGUCCCGGGCGUCAGCGGUACUGGUAACGGUGCGGUCCCUUGGUUGUACCUGACAGCCCGAUCCGACACCGAAAGUGAAAUCCAGGCUGUCUACCGUUUGAGCACUGCUGGUGGGCAACCACCGGCAACAUGUGCAGACAUGCCUGCAGCUUUCAGUGUGGACUACUCGGCGAUCUACUGGUUCUACAAAUAA